GUCUUCAUUCCAUGGAAAUGAGGAGGUUCUGAAAAUUUUGAAAGAGAGCUUCACGAAUCCAUAAUUGCAGUAGAGAGAGGGGAAAUGGGUGAUAAUCUAUUCGAAGGACUACCUCCUCCUUCUAUUCAACAGCAACAAAAUCAACGAGUAGAAGAGAAAACUUCAAGUAACAGAGAACCAUCUCCGCUGCCACCACCACCAGCUCCAAUCCCUGUUUUGAAAAGUGCCCUCAAGCGGCCCAAGCCUACUGAAUUCAUCCCCGACCAUGAAGACGCUGUGCCUGAAAAGGAAACUCCAAAAGAAAAGCGGUUGAGGUUUAAAACCACAACAGAUGCCUCAGAGAAACAAGUAAUAGAAGCCAUGCAGAAGAUAGCAUCACACAUCAAGAAUCCAACAAAGUUUGCUAAGGCUUCCAAGCUUGCCAUACAGCUAAUUCAGGCUGGAAGUGUAAAGCCAGGAACUAGUGACCACUUCUUUGCCAUCCUUGAGGCUGCAAUGUCAUCGACCAUGUCUUGUAAUGAUCCUUCUGUGCGGGCAGAUUAUCAUGCCUUGUUCUCAGAAGCACAGGAUGCUGCUGAAUGCCUCAGUAAGAACCAGAAGAAUCAAUUAGCUGUAUGGACAAUUAGAGCAGUGGUGGCAAAUGACUUGUGCACUGAUGACAGCUUUGUGUUUUCAAAAGCAGCAGGACGAAUAAAAGAAUCCAUAACUAGUCUUCCAAUUGCAUCCAAGGAUGAUGACGCGGAAGAGGCUGCAACGCUAAAUGAUCUGAAAGAAACAACUAAUGAGGAUAACGAAAACAAGCUGGAUGUAUGUUUGGGUGCUUCGGCUGAAGGAAAUAAAAUGGAUGAGUCUGAUCCAUUUGGGCUCGAUGCUUUUAUGAGUCAUACAAAGAAAGAUGAAAGGGCAAAGGGAAAGACAGAUACAUUAGCCAAGAUGCGUAAGGAGGAGGAUCAGGAAGGGAAAAAGAGCUUCCUGAAAGGUCAGAGAGAAUCCUUGAUUAUUUGUUUAGAGAUUGCUGCACGUCGUUAUAAAAUUCCAUGGUGCCAAACAGUGAUAGACAUUUUGGUAAAACAUGCAUUUGAUAAUGUUGCAAGAUUCACAUCUCGACAAAGGGAUGCAAUAGAGAAACUUUGGACUUCUAUACGGGAACAACAUACUCGUAGAAAACAAGGGAAAUCAGUAAAUGGAAAACUUGAUGUGACUGCUUUUGAAUGGCUUCAACAGAAAUAUGCAACUGAAAAAAUCAGUAUUCGACAUUCUGUUGGUGGCAGUGGAGAUCGUCGCGCUCAACAGUGGCUUGGUUAAUACAUUAUUUCACAUUGUAAUACAACAGUACUGAUGACAGCUACCACCCGGAAGCAAAUUGAAAAUCUCAAGUGAAGUUAUGUGUAUUCCAAUAUAACAUGAAUUACAUUGUAAAACAUUCUUUUUCAGGAUUUCCUUCUUGCUUCA